AUGUCAUUUUUCGGUCAAUCUAACGGAUUGAGUGGGUCGAUUGGAUCGAGUGGAACAGGUGUAUCCAACCCAGUAACAGGAGGAGCAGGUGAAAGCUUGAAAAUGGGAAACAGAAGCGACGCCGGUAAUAUACCUAGCGGCAGUAGUGUUAGUGGUACAAUUAGAAGUGGUAAUGCACAUACUUCAUCGAGGUUGUUGAAAGAUUUAUUAGAGUCCGCUAACAAUUUGCCUAAACCAAAUAAUUCGGAUCUAGGAACAAUUCAUUUGACAUUGAACGGAUUGAAGAAAAAAUCGAACCAACUUAGAAAGAAGAAGGAUAAUGAAGGACAGAACUUCACCAAGGCACAUUAUUUGUUGGCUUCGAGUGGUGUGAGUGCUGAAGAGAUUGAGAAUGAAUUGAACUCUAUCGAGGUGCCAGUCAAGCCGCUUGAGUCACAAACUGUUUCAAAUGCAGUUAAUAAUAAUAUCGAUAGCUACUUAAACGACAAGAAGGACGAAAAUAUUUUGGCGGCUAUUGAACAAUCGUUAGUGUCGGCAUCGAAAGACUUCAACCAGUUCAUUAAUGAAAAUGUUUCUAUUGACUGGAAAGUUCGUCGAGAUGAAUUAAGAAAGUCGUUUGGAAUCGGGGGUCCUCAGAAACCCACUUCGCAUAAGGUUUUGAAACCUACCAAGUCUGUCACAUGGAAUAAGUCCAUCCCUGGUAAUUAUAAUGUAUUGUCGCCAUUAUCGACCAAUAAAUCCACCUCAUUUUUGAAGAAUUUGACUAGAGAAAAAUUCGAAAACAACGCUCAAAUCGUAUAUCAGUUGAACGAGGCUAGAUUGAAUAAUUCGUUCUUUCCAAUAGCAUUAAGCUUUGAAGAGUUGAAUAAGUCAUAUUCGGAUUUGAAAUCAAAGCAGAUUUCGGAGGCUUGGAAAAUACUUAUUGAAUUGACUAACGAAAAAGGUAAUAAAAUCAAUCAAGAACAAAAGUUUUUUGAGACAUACCAAACGACUGAUCAAACUAAUUCUAUGAAAUUUAGAAAACAG